GACUCUGUCCACAGCGCACUGAUAAAGGAGAGGUGCGGUGCGAGCAUCCGACCCAGCACAGAGUCAAAACUGCAGCGCAUCUGUAAAACCAGUGAUACGGAUUUCUGCUUCAGUCCUGAGCAAAGACAGGUAAAGCAAGGAUCAGUGUUUAGGGGAGCUAACUGAAAGGAAGAAAAGGAAGCCACACUUGUUGCUCGUCUCGUCAGGUAAACGUCCUGUCUGCAGCCACAAGAGCUCAGCGCAGAGUCUGGUGCGCACAUGGCACAGGAAAGGCGCUCCUCCUCACACUCCUGACAGUCGCGCGCUUGAUAUGAAGCCACACUGGAUAACGAGGCCUACCUGUUGACCCUGCACAUCAGACCGUAUCUGCUAAAGUUGGGGAUUUAACCCAAAAAGCUAAGAUCUCUUAACAGUUUGGGAAACUUCACUAGAGCCGAGACAAUGCUGGGUUUAAACCGGAUUCUGAGCCACCGGGCAGCCCGGAUCCGGAGCUGCGGUUCGCCGGGAACCAGACCUUCAACUCGGUCUUCUUCAUGCCAUAACCCUGGUGCCAGCUCGAGGAUUUACUGUGCGUGUGUGUUGCUGCUGCUGCUGGUCACGCCUCGAGUGGACUCCUCAUGGUGGUGAGUUUAUCGCAUCUAUCACAAAAAAAACAUUCACCUGCUUGCUUUCAAGAUUUAUGAGAACUGACUUAUUAUUAUUAUUAUUAUUAUUAUUAUUAUUAUUAUUGUGGCUAAGUCAAUGCCACAAUAUUUAAACGGGUCAUGAUUGAUCUUAAUUAUUCAAAACGAAGCUGGGACUAAAGCCGAGCUCUGAGUUUUUCGUUUGAAACUUCAGGGAUUUUUACUGAAUUCAACCUCAAAUUAUUUUCCUCUUAAUAGACCUUUUCCUACUGCAAAAAAGGGAGGUCCAAUUAAUCAAUUUAUAGUGCUUUUCCGUCGGUGUUUUUGCUGCGCAGAGCUGUUGGCAACAUUUUCAGUCGAGUAAAUUAUCUCUCCAAAUUGCGCAUUUUUGCGGUAAAUCCUCAUAACGCACUGGAGCCCGUUAGAUGUUUGAGACUAUUAUUCGUCACGAUUGAGUUCAUUGCCUCGUGAUUUCCUUAUGAGAAAUGACAGCAAAGAAAAACUUGAAAUGUGUUUUUCCGUCAUCAAUUAAUUUGAGCUAAAAUUAAAGAAAAAUGUGAAGAAUUACUGGAGUAUCAUAAGCGUUAAUUAUCCCCAACACCCUUUGGAGAGUCUGAUUUAAGCGUCCUCAGGAUUAUGUUUUUAAAAUGCAUUUUCUCCGUGUCACUUUGUUGGCCUGCCAUAUCGAGCAAUAAUAAUAGAGUGAUAAACGUAAUUUAUGUCGGCGCUGCUGGCUGAGCGCGUGUUCAGCUCAGCUGGAGGCUGCAUUCAACAAGGCAGAGCAGUCAUUAAUUCACCAGGUACCGCGCACACACACGCAAACACACACACACUUCACUAAAAUACCCCAAAGCCAGCCAUCUAGAGCAUAGGUGAGGGGUGAAAAAAAAUGCUCAUUGCCUGCGCAAUAACAUACGUGAAAAUGUCCGUGUGUGAGUGUGUUUAUAGGAGAAGUGUCUGUGUGUGGGCGGGUAUGGGGGUGAUGGAAUGCCUAAUAGUUUGUGUAGAUUAAAAGCAGUUAUGGGGAGUAGUGGGAAGAGUGUGUGUGGAGGCUUUAGCGAGGCAUUAUUGGCUUUGAGGGGAUUUGAGUGCAGCAGAUACAGUAUUUGACUGUUUAUCAAGUUUCUGUGGGUGUACAGUAUGUGAUGAUAUGCACAGAUCUGAGGCUUUCAAGCUUCAGCUAGGGGGGAAGAUUGCGUGAAUAUCCCAGUAACCACUAACAAGUGAGAUAAGACAUGUGUUUAAUGUAGAACUUAAACAAGCGCAGAUGUAUUUUCUACAUUUAAAGAGGAGGAUCAGAUUUUAGUAAUUUGUCAAAACCAGAUUUGUCGUUUGUUGUCAUGAAGUUGUUAUUUGCUGCAAAUUUGUCAAGAAAUUUUAAUGGAAAAGUCGCAGGAUUUAUUAUUGAAAACCCGUAACAAAAACCUUUUUUUUUUUUUUGUGAUUCACUAUUGCUAAUACAAUAAAUCCGACACAGGAAGAGCUGCUGCUGUAUCAUAUCAGGACUCUUCUCUAAUCGUCUCCCUCUCGUGCUUUUUCUGUGAUUCACAGUAGAACCUGAGGCUUUACAGCAUGUUGUUUUAGACCUGUGGAUAGUGAUUUACUGUCCUAUAAAAUCCACAAGUCCUCCUGCCUCUCAGAGAGAAUUGAGUGUGAAUUGCUGCUCUGGCUCUUCCCUUUGAUGAGCACUCUCUGUUCUUAUUCCUCUUCCUUAAUCCCACUCUGGGGAGCAGAGAGCCUCCAUCCUCUAACCUGGCCUCGUAAAAACUCGACCACACAGCUACAUGCUCCCUGACCUCCCCUCUCGCUGACCUGGCCAAGGCCUACAACCACCGAGCUGCACACACACACACACACACACGCUCAAAGCGGGCAUGCUGUUCAGUUAAGAGUUUAUCCCAGGCGAGCUUAGUGCAGAACUUCAAUUUGAAGGAGUCUGUUUUAUUACACCAAGGAAAAAGAUUGGAUGAAGCGUACUGGAGAGCUGUGAGCAAUAUGAGAAAGAGAGCGAGCAGGCAGAAGACCGAGAGCAGAAGAGUGAGUAAAUGGGGGUCUUAGUUUGACAGGGUUAUUGGAGGCCCCAGACUCGGCGCUCUGAUUUGUGACGACACGAUUCCGACAAUCCCAUUGGGGAACAUUUAAACACACAUACACACACGGUCUUGUGGGGAGAGGUUAAGUGCUUAUUUAUUUGGAGAGCGGAGUAAAUGGUUUCCCACUCCCCUCCCGCUCGCAAACCUUAAACUGUUAAGUGUAGUGAACUCUGACUCACUGAGGACUGUUACUGCAGCUUGCUUUUGCACCACUCACCGCCUCAGAGUCUGUGUAUCCAUGUGAAUCCACCGACCACGUGGGGUUGCUUUCAUAUACCAAUUAAAUCCAAUAUGCCUUCAAUCAUGGCUGAACUGGGUGAUAUAAAUAUCAAUCAUUCUAAAAUGAGCCAGCUUAGAGUGGAUUCAGAAUUUCUUUGGAUUUUCUGCAGGUACAUUGGUGCACUAGGGGCCCGUGUGAUCUGCGACAACAUACCCGGAUUGGUGAACAAACAGCGGCAGCUUUGCCAGCGCCACCCUGACAUCAUGCAGGCUAUCGGUGAGGGAACUAAAGAGUGGAUCCGAGAAUGCCAGCACCAGUUCAGGCACCAUCGCUGGAACUGCAGCACGUUGGACCGUGACCACACUGUGUUUGGCCGUGUCUUGUUGCGGAGUAAGUCCAUUUGUUUGCCUGUUCUUGUGACCAUCUGUUACUCUCUCCCUCCACAUUUUCACCCCUCUUCUUCUUCUUCUUUACUUUUACUGUCUUAUCUCUCCUUCCACCAUCUCCCCCUUGCUCUGGUCUUUAUCCAGUUGUACCUUCUCCUGCUCACGUACAGUAUGCUGAAGCUCGGUGUUUAUAGUCACUAAUGGACUGUUGCAACGUCUUAUGCCUCGUCAAUAAACACACCAGCUUAAAGACCUGGCCUUAUCACUAUUUCGUUUUUCUACUCUUGGCAGACUACUCUGCUUUGUUACAGAUUCAUACCUACACUUAUAUGUACACAAAACAGACCGAAAUAUGACAAAUUAUUUCCCUUUAUUCAUUUUCAAUGCCUGUCAGAAGAAAGGAAGGGCCUUUGUCAAUUGUUUCCGGGGAAAUGAGUCACAAUAAUUUAUAGUUAUUUGAAAAGUAUAAGGGCAGAAAAGCAGGAUGAGACUGAGUAAAAUAAAGGUACAGUCCAGACCUUGUCUUUUUGUAAUAAUUCUAUUUAAACAAGAUUAAAACAUUAUUGAGGCAAUUAGAGGACAAUUUCAGAGGAGAGAUAACAUUUAAAACUAUAUCCACCUCUGAAAUAGCAACAAAUUGUAAGUUCCUUUUUAGAUAGAUGGAGGAAGGGUGCACAAAAAAUAUCCUGUUCUAAAUGAAAAACAUGGUUUGACGUCUGUUUUUUGUGAUUUUCUAUAAAAUUACUGUUGCUUUUUAAUGCAGAUCAAAGAUGCACUGGUGCACCUGUAAGUCACCGAUGCAUGCAGUGCAGCAAGUUAAAAUAAUCACUCAAAGAUGCCGCUUCUUAGGCUUUACUGCAAAGAAUUACACCCUCUCUUUAUGCUUUAAAGCAGGUGGUCAGAGUGUACCUGUGCUCAGGUUGUACAAAACGCGAUGCUUGUCUCCACAGACUCAGUAUGACAUCACUUACUCAUCUAUGUGUGGGGGCUGAUGGUGGAUGGAAAAACGGAGCUGAUAUGGAGAUACAGGCUGCGCGUGUGUUGGAAAUGAAUAAACAGUGAUGCAGAUGUAAAUAUUUAGAGAGAUAUUCUCACUGUCACACAAACAGCGCAGGUUUGAAUGAUGACCAGCAAUGCCCCUCUCCAUCCUCCCCCACAUGCACCCCCUCCACAGCACCCUCUGCCCCCUUCUCCUCACCCCAAAGAUGGAAUAGGACAUUCCAGUGAAUACACAGUGAGCAGGUUGGAUCACACAACAUCUUUAGACCUCUGAAAGAGAGAAACUAGUCCUGUGUUUUGAGAAAGAAAAGUGUCCCACACUUGCUCAUUCAUUGUCUGUUAAUAAUCAGUUACUUUUAAGGUGUUGUUGUGAAGUGCUGGAGCUUGAUCACUACCUUUUAAACAUUUCUGAAGAUAAUUUUGCUUCACUCUGAAGUGUGACUUCUAAUUUAAGUCCACAAAAGUUCUUUGUAUGUGUGUAAGUGUCUAAAGAAAUGGUUUAUCCUUUGGGAUGCUCAAUGUCUUUAGCCAUAUAUAUCUUUUGCCUAUUACAUAAUGAAAAAAUGGCUUUAGAAAAUAAGUGGAUGUAGUGUCAGAGUGACAUCACCUAUAUUAGUGUGAAGUGAAGUUUUGAAGCUUUUCGGCAGUGGUCACCAUAUUGGCAGUAAUGACUCAACCUAACAAAAAGCAGGCCUAAAGCCUGCCAUGUCAAGUCAUCCAUGCCUCCGAUUCACAUAUCAGAGGCACGGAUGUGACUUUAAUAACCUCGAAAUAUACUCAAAACAAAUAAAUUCACUUCCUGUUUGGUGGGUGCCAUAGAAGCCUCAGGCUUUCUUGGCUUCGUGUGUACGUGGUCUCUGGGGCUUCUGCAGACAGCCUCAAGCUGACAUCCAGAGAACUGCAAUUUUUAGCACCACUACAUCGGCUUCAUUUAUCAAGACCAGAGGUUGCCAUUUUGUAUGGACCGUUUGAAGAACUGGUGUCCCAGUUAGCUCACAAUAUAAGCUCGAGGGAAAACAAUGGAAAAGUAGAGUGACAUACAAAUCAGCACCACAGGGUUGUCGGCAUCUCAGGAGUCUUAAUAUGUCUUCUUGUUGCAUUGCUGGGUGCAAGAGUAGAUGAGGACAAGACAGGGAGUGACCUCAUAUAUUCAAAGAGACCUGUGACAUCUUGAGCAUUGUUGAAAACAAGGCCUGCAAGCUGGUUAAUAUGUCUUGAGAACUUUUUAGCCUCCAGCUAAGCCCCACCCAUCAGAAAGAGAGUUUAUACCUGAAUAGACUUUUCAUUUCAAAUCAGAUUAAACCAUUUGUCUGUUUAUUUUGUUUUAUAUUUUCCAAAAAAAUUAUAUUUCCAUUGUCUAUAAAAAAAUUUUGACCAUUGCUUUUUGUCAUAUUUCUUAGCAUUACUUCCAGAUGAUUAAUCUUCAGGGGUCAGGCUGUGAACAAACCCUCAUGUGCCAAUAAAAUUUUACCGGAGCUCAAGUCUUACAGCUGCUGAAAUACCUAAAGCUGCUCCACAAAACAAGAGAGGGAUUCUUUUGGCUUUACUAAGUGGACACGUGCAUUUUGCUGCAAUGUAUUUGUGUUUUUUGCGAAUGGACAAGAGCAACAACAACCAACUCUAUAUCUAGUUAUCUAUGUAUCUUUCCCUUCAUCAUAGUCAUGUAAUGUAGGACUGGGAGACGGCAUAGCUCGGCGAUGGUAGAAAAAGCCGUCAUGACCUAACCCUGGCACUGAUUAAUGGAGUAUCACUGUGUCUGUGUUAAACAAUUUAUGUGAGCAGAGGAGAGCCCCGCAGCAAGGAUUAUUUCCAUGAUAAUAUUUAAACAGAGCUGUCCUAUUCUCCACAUCGGGCCAGAUAUGCCCCCGUCAGCUGCACCUUAAUGUCCUGAUGGCUCACACCCAAGACCUAUCCAUAGCAUUAUGAUUAUCUGUGUAUGAAUGCGAACAUAUGGGCAGCACAGCUCAAAGAGUUUAGAUCUUCUGACUCCUCUGUAUCGCAGUAUCUGAACAACUAAAGUUUCUAUAUCAGUAAUGAAUCACGUUGACCUUUACCCCACUUAUGUUCGGUUCUUGCCUGUGUGCUUUCUCUUUCUUUCUUAGGCAGUCGUGAAGCAGCGUUCGUCUACGCCAUCUCUUCAGCUGGCGUGGUGUAUGCGCUCACUCGUGCUUGCAGCCAGGGAGAGCUGAAGACCUGUAACUGUGACCCGCACAAACGCGGCCGAGCCAGCGAUGAGAGAGGAGAGUUCGACUGGGGCGGCUGUAGCGAUAAUAUCAACUAUGGGAUAAAGUUUGCUAAAGCCUUCAUAGACGCCAAAGAGAGGACUGUCAGAGAUGCACGAGCACUGAUGAACCUACAUAACAACCGCUGCGGCAGAACAGUAAGUGUGUCAUCAUAACAGUGGCAGUUUCCCACAAUACACACACAAAAAAUCACAUUAUUCACUGACAUCUAACAGUAGAACCAGUUAUGCGGAUUUUUGGUUUGUUUAUUAGUUUCAUACAACUUAAAAAGUAUUGAUUUGUUUCUCACCUGCAUCCCUGUUUGUAUCUCUAGAGAUUUGCAGUGUUUUAUGGUUUAAACAGUUGUGUUCAGUUAUUUCCUGAUAUGGUUGUUGCAUAACGAUAUUUCAGCAGCAUAAUAAAUGGGACUUUUAUUGUGUAGACUUUAUCAAAACUAAAACGUGUCAGAGUAAAAUUAACUGAGUUUCAGAGCAGCUGUGAUUUUCAGUGACACUAGAGUAUGUUUAGUUGCUCGUUUGACAGCCACAGCCAGUCUGCUUCUAUAAAACAUCUUGGAUGAGCAAGUCAUCAUUUAAAUCUCAACUUCAAGCAGGUAAACCUGUUGUCAUGGAGAUGCAGAUCCUUACUACACUGGGCUCAUGUCAAACUGAGUCAAGCCAUCCCAGCACAUAGGCUUUGUCUAAGCAGCUGACUGAUUGUCAGGUGGGCACACCCACGAUUGCUGUGCCACAGUUUAGUUUCAUUAUAAACACUGACACCUGCUUUGGCGUGGGGAGGAGGUGGCGCCCUUUGGUUAGUGAGCGCAAAGGGUCACCUGGCUCUGCUCUGAAGUGUCAGGCAAAAUAAGCAUAAGAGUGAGAUUUAACUGACACUGAUGUUUGUUGCAAAUGUGUUUAUGUGCAAUAUGUAAAACUGCUUUACCCACCAAAAAAUAAAAUAAAUAAAUAAAUAAAUAAAUAAAGGGAAAGAAAAUGAACAUUAAUAAGUAAACACUGUUCAUCUAUUUUUAUUUAUCAAAGCAAGCCAAUCCGUCUGACUGGAUGAUACAAACUAAAAAAAAUAUGUAAAAGUAUUGAAAGGGACCAUGAAUAAAUUUUAUUUUUUCAUUUGGAGCUUUGGCAUAAUUAUAAUAAUAUCACUAAACUAAAUGGCAGUCUUUCCUUUGUUGCACUGUAGGAAUUUUACUCAUUAACUAAAGGAUCUGAGCACCUUACAGAGUUAUAUAUUUUAUUACAGGCUGCAAAUAUAAUUAAUUAUUUAGCCUAAUCGAGCCUACGUUUCUGUAUUGCCAGGACUUGGAAUCGAUGUCUCUGUUUAGUUUGACACGCUUGUUCACACUUGUUCACUUGUGAUUCCUAAAGCCUCUCCAUCAUUGAGCAAAUGUCGUUCCUUGGCUUUCAGACUCACACACAAACACACACCUGGCUCCUCUUCUCUCCCUGCUCUCCUCUCUCCACCUGUGGCUGCAUGAUAUACAGCUGUGGCACAACAUAUACUUAUAUAUAUAUAUGGGCACAAGAUUGUUUGGUCUCCAAUAUUAUACUUUUAUAAUAAUUGAAACCUCUUUAAUCAUCCAGUUCUAGUUGAUAGGUUGAACAAAUUUGCCUACUAUUGAUAUUUAAUACUAAUAUUCAGUGGGAUGCAGGUGCUUGUUUUUAAUUCUACUUUGCUUUUGGGGGAUGUGAAUCACCUUCGUUCAUGCAAUAAAACCAACAUGUGUGUGUUUCUUCUUCAAUGGUCCUCUUACAAUCUCGAUUCCUCUCUCUGUAUUUUAGGCAGUCAAGCGGUUCAUGAAGCUGGAGUGUAAAUGUCACGGGGUAAGCGGCUCCUGCACGCUGCGAACGUGUUGGAUGGCCAUGUCAGACUUCAGAAAGACCGGCGACUACCUGAGGAGGAAGUACAACGGCGCCAUUGAGGUGACAAUGAAUCAGGAUGGGACAGGCUUCGCUGUAGCUAACAAAGCCUUCAGGAAGGCCACCAAGAACGACUUGGUCUACUUUGAGAACUCUCCGGAUUACUGUCUACAAGAUAAAUCAGCAGGUAAGAGAAGAAGAAGAAGAAGGUGGACCUGACUGAAAGUCAGAGUGGCAGUUUCUCAUGGGUGUUGAUGGAUUGCCCUGACUUUUAUGUUUUGGGGGAUGAUAUGUGUAUAUUGUGGAUAUGUUCAUGCAUGACUAGUGUGUUUGUGUGUGUGAAUGUCACUGAGUGUGUGUGAAAUGGUGGUCAGAUAACACAACAGGCCUCCCCGUGUGAUGUCUGUGGAAGCUAAUAUCCUUGUACCCUGGAGGCAUGGUCGUUGUGUGACCACCUGACCUCUAUCAGUCUCUGUCAACAUACACACAAACACACAUUUACACACUGAAAGUGUUGAUCAAGCUUUACACAAUUCACCAAAUUGGUUGUAAUCAGCCUGAAUGGUUGGCAGAUGGAUGGAUAGAUCUGUUAGGAAGACUUUAACCAUGUUUGACAUCACUCUGUCCAGUUCCUCCUCACUCUUGUUUCCUCAAUCUACCUCUCCUUUCGUUCCUCCAUCUAUCCGUCCAUCCAUCCAUCCUCCCCCUCUUUCUCACCUUCCCAGUGGAAUCCACAGCCUAGGGACACAAGCAGCUAAUUUAAAAAAAAAAAAAAGAAAAAGAAAAGAAAAAAAAAAGAAAAUCACUUCUUUCUGUCUGUCACAGUCUCUCCCUCUCUGUCUGAGCUAAGCGUAGCUGGAGGGCAGAGUGGGCCUCAGAGUGUGAGAGCCUGUCUGUCUGUCACGCUCCACUGUCCAUUUAAACCUCACACACACACACGCACGCACACUCACACACACACGCACACACAAGUGGCUUCAAAGGGAGCAGUGGCUUGGGAAAGGCAGUGUAACUAUAGGCCACUCUACCAACACUGCAUAGUUGUGUGUGUGGGUCUGUUGUUCUACGGGCAGCUUGUUGUGAUAGGUAGCAGUUCAAACAAGGAGCUUCUCACACGAAGCACCAGCACUAAUCUCUGUGGGGAUGACAUUCACAUAAGACAGACAAUAUGCCACUGCAUUAGGUAAUAGCCAGACCGCUAAACACUCCAUAAACACUGCUUCACACUCAACAACUGUAUCCUCCAUGCAAGGCUGCUGCAGAUCAAAUCACUGAUACUGAAACUGACGAAGAGCUUAAGUGACAUUUAAACUUCAGGGUCCUCUUCCAUGAAAGCAGUGACAUUUGAGAGUAUAUCUCGAAAUUCUGCAUAGAAGUACAAAAAGUAGGAAAAUUUGGCGUUGGAAGUGUGCGGGUCUGUUUGUAGGCCAUGCAUGGAAGAGGAAGGAGUGGCUAUAUUUCCCCCUGGUUACUAUGGAAGCCCUCAAAGUUGGCCAUCAUCAGGACCAGACUGACUUUGUUAUGAUUUAGCAACAUGGACCAGAACUCGCACCUCACAGUAUAAACUAUGUCACUCUAGGGCUGGGCGAUAUGGCCUCAAAUCAAUAUCACAAUAUAUUGGUAACGAUAAAUGGACGAUAACUACGUCACAAGCUGCUCACCCCUUCCCACAUUAACUUCGUCUACUUCAGCCGCUCCAACUUUUGAACCGUCCUCCAUCUCCUAACCUGUCUUUCCCUCUUUUUUAUGGACUGGAUGGGGUGGAGUCACAUCUCUGAUGUAGGACAGCCUCUUAAAGGGACAUGAGACCAUAGCCUACCUACAUACAUCCAAAACCAACUUUUGUUUAUUUAUUUUUUUGACACAGAAUAUAUUGACAUGGGCAAAAUGACGUUGGUUAUUGUUGUAAAUUUUGGUAUUUUUUGGUUUAUCGCCUAGCUCUAGUUCACUCCACAGAAUCUCUGUGAAUUUGAGGGAAACAGCCACACACUGACAGCAAAAUAAGUAGAAAUGCAAUUUCAUAUACAUAAUUACAUUCAAAUUAGUAUGGGGUUACCUGUUUAUAUAAAACUUCACCUAAAACGAGCCUUCUGUAUCUAUUUAAGGAGUAGGUACCACACUACAGAGGUCGGCAUCCUGCAUCAUGUUUCAGCAGUAAAACAGACAAACUUGUAGGAGCCGCACAUGUUUUCAGUAUUAUUGGGUGGCCUCUAGAACAACACGGUUUGGAAAAUGAAGUAGAAGAGAGUGGUCGUUCUUGUUGGCAAAAGACUGAUAUAACAUUUUUGAAAAAUGCAACCCUUACAAAACCAAAGAAAUUAGAGUGAUUUGAGAUUAUACUGAAAAAAAAAGUCGCCAAUCAACACUUUGAACUUUUAUUUCUUGUAUUUCAUUUGACUGACAUAUAAAGUUAAGGUUUCAGUUGAAGCAGAUAUUUUUCUCUCUUCAAAAAUAACCACCAGAUGUUUGCGUUCACAGAAUUGGCGAGAGAGUAAAACAACACAAGACCUGUAAUCGACGUUUGAUCGCUUUUAGAUGUCAUCUGCUAACACUUUUGUGCUUCUGUACAGGCUCCCUGGGCACGGCCGGACGAGUCUGCAACAAAACGUCUCGCGGUACAGAUGGCUGUGAGGUCAUGUGCUGUGGGCGGGGCUAUGACACCACCAGAGUCAAGCAAAUCACCAAGUGCGAGUGCAAGUUCAAGUGGUGCUGUGCAGUAGAGUGUAAAGACUGUGAGGAAGCUGUGGACAUACACACGUGCAAAGCCCCCAAACGAGCCGAAUGGUUGGACCAGACCUGAGGACAUUCACUCAGCCCUCUGUGAUUCGACCCCACCCCUUUACCCCUUUACAGGACGUCCUGUGGAACACAGCAAUCUGGGAAAAAAUUUUGUCCGAAAGUGCUCCGCAUCUUCGCCCUCCCCUGCCCCCACCUUGGUUCAUCAUUGCAUGGCUUUUCUACCUGUCUCUGUGAAAGCACUACAACUUGGUACCCAUCAAUAUGAAGUAAUACCAUAAGCCUCUUUUUGUGAAUGACCCUCUGACUGUCGCGCUGGGAUCAGAUAAAGAUCGAUGAACACUUGAGGAGUGGAUAAGGCUUUCAUGAGAGUCUCAAUCAGGACAGCCUCUUUUAUAGCGUAUGGUAUUGGGUCACAAAUUUGCUGCUUUCAUGAUGCUAUAAAGACACAUUUUUACAUAAACUGAGCCUUUAAACAUAUCCAGUAUUAUUACAACAACAUCAUAUAGUCACAUUUUUUUCCUUUUUUUUUUUAUCCCGGGGGAGAAACACACUUUUAUUUACCAAAAAUGAAUUCUUGGUUGGACUAGCUUGACAAGUGCACUUUGAUAAGUGGACAUUUUAUGAGUAAAGUUUGGCUCUAUGCGGCCAAACAAGUCCAAAAAGAGGACUGUGAAUGGACAAGGAGAUGGACUAAACGGAUGGAUACGUCAAUGGAACUUUGAAUGCAACUGUAAAAAGUAGAAAAAGUUGUUUAAGUGAUUUAUUUAAAAUGCAAAGAGUUUUUUUUUUUUCAAUUCUCAUCUGUAGAUGAGACUGCACUACAUUGGCUGAAAUGAGUUAAGAGAAGAGCAACCCCACCAUUAUAUCCAACAUGUACUCCGGCUUUGGGUGACUACAAACUGCUGCUGAAAAGAAGAAAAAGAAGAAAAGGAAGAGUGCCCGGAUGGUCAUUCAGUCACACAUAACCACAACAUCAGGCAGAUUUUACUUCUCUGCUCUCCAGCUUGCUUGUAUAACAUUGUGUAUAUUGCCUUAUCUAAACAGAUGUUCAUAUGAAAUAUAUGGUGCAUUAGUAUGA